AUGGUGCCUGCACCACAGGCGCUCCCAGCGAGGUUUCCGUGCUGGUGUAGAGCUGUUUAUUCAUGGGGUGGAGAGUCGAAACGGGACUUAGGCUUCAUUGAGGGAGAUCUGAUCGAGUGUCUAAACGCCGGUGACGGAUCGUGGUGGGUUGGUCGUCUGUACCGAGAUCGAAGGACGGUUGGGUCCUUUCCUUCCAACUUUGUCGAAGUCCUCCCUGAGGAAUUUCGUCCCAUGACGAGAUCAGUCAGCCCCCUGCCAGGAAGCAAUACGCCCAGUCCCAAAAACACACCUGCCAAGUCAAAGACUUUCCGCAAGCCGUUUGAAGCAUACGCAAAGGCUCCCCAUUAUACUACCGCUAAGCAACCAACAUCCUAUCGCGAUCCUUCCAAGGUCAACCCAGCUGCCACCCCAGCCCCUGUCUCUACCCGGCUUGCGGCAGGAGCCCCUGCUCCCAAAGUUCAGCACCAACGAGCCAAAGACAAGUCUGGCGGCUCUUUUAGCAGAUCAGUCCAUGAUACCAUUGAAAGGGUACCAUCGCCGCCUACAGUUCACGGAUAUGGCUCUCGAGCGCCAUCACCAGCGCCAUCACAAACCUACCGAGAUCGUGGAAGCACACCUGACAGAGAUUCUGCUCCUCCUCCGGCACCACCACCUCAUCGGCAUGUCGGCGGCGGGGGCCGACCAGUUGACAUGUCACGGCAUGCGUCAAAUGCUUCCUUCCACCCAUAUUCUCCUGCCGCCAUGACAAGACAUGAGUCGAAUGCGUCGUACCACCACCCGCCACAGACCCCGAGACACGCCGCAUCUGCGCCUCAUAUUGAGAUGCAUCAGCGUGAGUUAAAUGGAGACUAUACCCCUCAAGGUCGAUCGCCACGCCAGUACUCCCCAGAUGAGCUUCACAUGACACCAUCGCCACUCAGGGAAGCGAUGGACAGUGUCAUGGAACAGCUAGACCAGCUGGAUGGGCUUGGAAGCAGUUGGGAUGGCGAGCAGGUCCAGCAAGCAGAAGUGGUGGAGCAGCCGCUUGACCCCUGGGCACCAGAAUCCUUUGAUGCAAUUGCACACAAAUCGAGGCGAAAGGGUUCAGUGACGACAAGACCUCUUACAUCCACGGGAAUAGCUCACCACGAUGAAGGCUAUGAAACCUGGAGUGGUGGAUCCUCCCAAGAAACAUCAUUUCAAAAUGGUAGUCGAGGUCAGAAGCACGAACUGCCUGAGUUAAGCAACUACGUGGAGCGCAUGGAGAAACAAUUCCAGACCAUGCAUCAUCAUAGCAAGAGUGCAAGUAUGGCAGCAGACAUAGAUCUUGAUGCUGAAGAAGAUAUACCUCCACCACCACCGCCCAAAGGCCAGCCUUAUCAAAGACCUAGAUCCUCGGCUGGUGAGCCUGCUGGCCAUCCACGGCAACUGAGAACUCAAAAAUCUGCAUAUGAAAUAGGACGCGGAAAAGGCGCCGCGAGUGGGAGUGUUGGAAGAACGCUUACGACCAGAACCAACACCACCAACGCCUCAACAGGCAACCAAAGCCACACUAGCUCAUCCACCCAAAGUAGUGGAAGGACUCUCUGGAGUGGUGUUUCGGCUGGUGGUAUCAGUUCCACCAGUGCUGGUAGUAUGGCUCGUCAGCAUAUGCGCACACAGAGUGCUAUGGACGCUCGUGAAGCAGAGCUGGAUCGUCCCGAUUCCCCCUUUACUGGUGUCACUUAUCACAGCAGCCAUGCCAGCCAUGUCGCCGCAAACGGUCGACCAAGGGCUCAGACCGGCUUGGAAGAUGACCUGACAGCAGGUAUAGGAGGGCUGGUUCAACCCAAGGCGCCUAAGCGAAACAUAUUCAAGAAGAUCUUUGACUCUGCCAAGACUGGCGUUGCGAGCAACAGAGGCAGCCUUGCAGCAGGCUCGAUAGCUGGAAGCAAUUCAGUUAGGGCAUCGCCAUUCAACCGACCACGGCCUUCUGUGGCGCCAUCUGCCAUGAGCUCAAGAAUGACUGGUAUCAGUGGCCCAGACUACGGGAGCAAUGCAGCCCGAGAUAUGGGCCUUGUUGGUGGUAGCAGCGUGGACUGGGUCCAGGUUCGUCGUGACGUGAACAGGUCAAAUUCUUUAAGCAAAGCAGAGCGAAACGAGCGCCAAGAUCGUUGCCAGAUGAUGGAACAUCCUGUUUUAAAUCCAGUGGAUGAAAUGUACGAGGGCAUUGAGGGCGACGAGGCAGCAGAUGGAAUGCCAGUGAGAGAGGCAAUAAACUAUCAAUCGAUAAAUCUGAGCCAGGUGGACAAGAACUCACGGUUUAUUGCGGAUUUGCCACCCAUGACAACCGCUAUUCAACUAGCAACAACUUAUGUGUGUCGACCUUACAGGAGCGAUGUGCAACGUCUGCGAGCCAUUUUUACAUGGGUAUCUGAAAAGAUCUGCUGGGAGGAAGACUUUGAGGGCGAUAUUGACACGCGUCGCGUUAUCCAGGCCAAGAGGGCAUGUGCCGAAGAAUACGCAGUUCUCGUCAUGGAGAUGUGUGCGGCCGUUGGACUGGAGUGUGAGAUUGUCCGGGGCUAUCUUAAGAGCCCAGGUGACGUAGCCGAUCUCAACAUGAUGCCGCGAUCAAAUCACUGGUGGAAUGCCGUCAUUGUUGACAAUGAGUGGCGCAUCAUCGACUGCUGUUUGGCGAGCCCUUCAAAUCCCAAGCGUGGCCUAUACUCUAGUGCUAAUGGAGCGACGGCUGACUCUUGGUGGUUCCUCGCGCGACCGACAGAAGUGUGCUGGACACAUGUUCCAGAGCAUCAUGAUCAGCAGCACAUCGUGCCCCCUGUGGCCCACGAGAUAUUGCUCAACCUUCCUUGCACAUGUCCGUCAUUUUUCCGCAACGAGAUUGAAAUGGUUGACUACAACACGGCCGUGACGAGGAUCGAAGAUCUUGAAAUGGUUCAUAUCAAGUUCAAUGUGCCAGCCGACAUUGAGGUGGCUGCGGAGGUGGAAGCUCGAGCAUAUACUCGGGACGCAGAUGGCGACGUGUUUGAAAGCGGUGAUGUUUUAAAGAAGAGAGCGCUGGCACAGGCAGAGUGGUAUGAUGGGGUGAAGCGAUACACGGUCAAGGCCCUUCUUCCAGGGGAUGAGGGUCAAGGUACACUGAAAAUCUAUGCUGGUAAGCGUGGAUUGAUGCACAGCAUCAAAGACAUCCCUCAUCCGUUGGCAUUCGCACUUCCCAUUGUGCACACUGGAGAGAAUCCGCCAUACGACUUUGUUACCCGACAUCCUACUCCGCAUGCUCAACGUCACGACAUUUAUGUGGUGCAGCCUCAAUGCCAAAGAUUAGCCCUUAACAAUACGUUUGUCUUCGCCAUUAGACAGCACCCGAGCUCGACGUUGAGCGGACCCAACUCGGCGUUAACCCCGGCAUCGAACCCUGGACGAACGAGCCCCAAUCCUUUUGCACGGCCGAGUUCGGCCAUGAGCAUGAACGCCUCGAGCAUGAGCGGAUCAACUCCCAGUUCAGCAAGCGGCACUGUGGCAGGAAAGAAGCCUGCCAAGUUGGCUAUUCAAACGCCAGGCGGCAAGAUCCUCCGUCUUAUGAGGAAGGAAGACCGCAAGGGCAUAGCUGCUGGCAGCAAGGGUCUAUCCGGUGACGAAGAUGUCAGCGAUGGUGGGACAUGGGAGACCAUCAUCAAAUGCUCUGAGAGGGGCGUAUGGAGAGGACUGGUGUUAGCAGACCGUACCGCCCGUUGGUGCGUGUUUGCCGAGUGGAUUUGUGUCGGUUAA